GCCCUGAUUGGUCUGUCGGCGGCGACGUUCGGAUUUGAACGUGCGGUGGCGGCUCCAGGCCUGUUCCCGGUCCUGUUCCCGUUCCCGUUCCCGGUCCCGGUCCCGCCGCCAUGGCUCCCCCACGGAAGAAGGCCGAAGCGGGUGCGCGGCGCAGGAAGCUGGCGGCGUUCCUGAAGGAUUUCGACCGCGAGGUGCAGAGUCGGCUCGAGCGGCUGCGCGCCAAGGGGGAGCGGCUGGUCAAGGAGGUGGAGGACAUGUACGACAUGGCGAUCCUGAGGCUGCCCGUGCAGAUUCGCGAGAUGAACUGGAUCGAGUACUUCGCUAAAGGAGGAAGCGAGAAGGUGUUGGAAGAGGCCGCAACGGCAGACUUGGAAAUAACAGAAAUAAACAAGCUGGCAGCAGGAGUUAUCCAGACUCCUUUAAAAGUCAUCCAGAAAGUGCAAAAAUGUAAUCAGGACAUUGAAGCUAUUGAAGAAGAAGCAGAAGCUCCUUUGCUUCCUCUAGCAAAGAAAGCAAAACAUGACACCCAGUGUCCAGGAGACUUGGAUGCUGAAAACAUUAACCCAAGAGCUGCAAAGGUCAAGGCGUCCACCAAAAAAGCACCAGCGUCCAGGAGCAGAAGGGCUCCUUCGGCCAGAGUGAAGCGCGUCAGUAACAGAUCAAGCAAAAGCAACUUUAUCACCCCAGCUACCCGUAAUACAAUUGAUCUCUGUGCUCGGGGAGGCACCUCCAUGAUAACACCCAGAUUUGAUUCCAGAGUCUUCAAGACGCCGGGUUUGCGCACGCCAGCAGUAAACGAGCGUGUCUACACCAUCUCUGCCAACGGCAGCCCCCUCGCUGACAGCAGCGACAUCUGCAUCAAGGUCCCUUUAGGAGGAGGGCAGAGCAUUUGUUUAACAGCAAAUGAUUUGACCAAAAAGAAUCUUCUUCAUCUGGAUCCAGAGGCCCAAGGGAUUAUGAAGAAACUCUCGGUUCGCCUCGCACAAGCUUGCAGUGGUACAAAAACCCAGAGAUGAAACCACCGAAUGUUGAGGUGCCUCUGUAAAUACGCAACAUUACAUUUAGGGCUGCCACUCUUAGUUCUUGUUCUAAUUCAUACUGAACUUAUGCUAUUUUUUUUUUUCUAGUAAGUAAAAUUUUCUAAGCACUUCAUAGAAUCGACCACUUUUGCAGCUGGUUCCAUGAGAGAAAGUGGUUUUCCUGGUUAUAAUUUCAGUUGUGAUGAGGGCUGGUUUGAUAAAAGAUUGCUGAGUACUGACUUUUUAAGGUUAGAACCCCUGACCUGAACCAGAGCUCUUUCCAAAAGUGUUUCCCUUGGGACAGAACAAGCUGCAGGAGAGCGGGGGGUGUGUGCAGGGGGCAAGUAACAGGGCAUGUCUGUGUGUCACUAGGGCAUGUCUGUGUGUCACGAGGUGUUUGUAGCUGGAGAACCAGAGUCCUGGGCACAGCCUGACGAUGCUGCUUAAGCUUCUGAAAUCUGCAGGCUCUGCUGCCAACGUCCCCGAGAGAGCACCUUGAACCAUGGCCACUGUGAUUGUCAUUAAGAGAAAAUCCACUCCUGCAGCCCAAUGCUGUAACGGUGGCUGUUGUCUGCUGUUCUGCUGGUGCCACGCAGCCCAGCAGCAACGGGCUGAGAGCAGCUUUCCAGGGAAAAAUCAAUAUUUACUAGUUAUGGGUCAAUCUUCUUUAUGAAGUACAAACCCUGCUGAUUUUGCACAGUUCAGGGCUCCACUGUGCCACGUUUCAUCCACAAAUUGAAGUAAUUCAUUUGCUGGAAAUAUGGGUAAGAUCUGGGGGGCUGCUGGGAGAUGGGGGGUGUUGGGACCUGUGUGCAGCCCCCUGGCCGAGGGGGUGGGGUGGGAGGGGGCACAGGGGUCUCUGCUCCAGACCCAAAGCUGAUUCCGCCCACGGGUGAUCUUGUGCUGGGAGCCUGGGGAGCUGCAUCCCCACUGCAGCGUGAGCAGCACCCAGUGUCCUUGGGAACACAGAAAACAGCAAUAACCUUACAGAGAGGUUUCUUGCAGACCUGGGAUUUUUCCACAGUAACAUCGCCCUGGCCUCGCUGUGCCCACGGGGGCUCUUGGGCAGGAAAAGUCAGCCCGACCUGCCAGCUGUGAAUGAGCUACAGGUUCUUUUUCCCAUCUAAUAUCUAGCUAACCUAGAAGUCAGAAGGCAAAGGGAGGGAACGUGGGAGACAAAGCUUGAUGCUAAUAGCCUGAGUUAAUUGCCGAUUGUUUGGAGCCUGUGGCUCACUCUGCCUGAUAGCAUCUCCCUCCUCAGCCACCUUCUCCAUCUGGCACCGGCCAUCUGGUCCCCGCAACAGGCGCCUCAGCGAAGCUUUGCUGGGGAAGCUUCUUGCUGUAGAGCUGGAGCUGCGGGAUCAAAGGGAAUCGGUCACGUUAAAGUGAAUCGUGAAGCCGCUUUGGAAAGCGCAGGGCUGUGCAGAACAGCUCAGCUUUGUGCAGAGCCCACACAUUUUACGAUGCCGUAAACCUCCCGGCACGUGGGGAGGAGUGUAAAUCCCCCCCGACAGGGGCAUGGCACGGAACGAGAUGACCUGGCACGGGGACCGGGCACCGUGUCCUUGCUCUCGCAUCGCUACUGAGAUUUAUUUUUUGCCACGUAGACAACUCCACGCUGCCGGGACGCGAUAGAUGUUGCAGCUCUUCUGUCGCUGCAGCUCUCAUUGUAAUGCAACUUGCUGAGCAGCUCAGACUUCAGUGAUUUUCCUCUUUGUCACCUGUCUCCCCAUCAUGUCACCUUCUCUCCUUCCUCUUGGCUCUGGCCCAAAUGGGCAUCGCAGCUCCUCCUCUGCCCUGAUGUUUGGGUCUCUGCUUACAAAGAGGUUUCUUGCAGAUGUGGGAUUUGCCAGAGUAGAGUCCCCUCAGGGACACGGGUGACAAAUCGCCGGUACGGUUGGUGUGGGGAACAUGCAUGGGCAGUAAUGGAGUUAUAAUGAAUUAAGUGCUGUUCAAAUUGAUGCAGGGCUACUGUAAUGAAUGUGUGCAUGUUGCGAGCAUUGGGACAGAGGUGUGAUGAAUAUUGCCUAUCAGCUGUGAUAAAAGCCUAUCAUCCCAAUACAUAUUUUCAAAAACUAAUUUAAGGCUGGAAGAGAUGAUUAAAAAUGAGGGGAGGAAAUUGUCUGGGUUAUAUUUAGAGUCCCUUGCUAGGUAAGAUGAAUUCCAGAAGCCCACAUACUGCCUGUGGGGUGAGAAGGAUAGAUGGGGAUGUUGUGGUAGCUGGUGAGCUGCUGGGGACAAGCAGCCGCAGCACCGCGAGCCAGCUGUGCCCCAGCAUCUGGAAAUCUCAGUUCUGAUCUCAACUCUUCCCUCGGUCCUUUAUUUAAUCUCCCUGUGCUGCUCAGGAUGACAAGAUCAUUAGAAAGCCGCUUCCCGGUGCAGAGCUCUUCCUCCCGAGUGCAGUGUAACCGCGCGGCCGAUGCCUGCAAGACAAGAGAUUUAAUUGUGUUCUGCCAGCAUCCAGGGGAUGUCAGGACUCAAAUUUAAAGCCAGGCUGGCUGGGGGUGGGAGAUGCACCUCCAUUACUCACCCAGCCCAAAUGAGGUUUCGCUUUUAUUAUCUCCCGAAAUAGCCGGUACCUGGGAGGUGCUGAUUGAAGCCAUUUGAAAACAUGACAACAUCCUCAGGACAAUAGGUGUCUAAUCUAAUGAAGCCAGAAUGCAUUAGCUAAGAGCUGUGUAAAGCGAAGAAAAUGCAAUUAAAGCAUUCCUGAGGACAGAUGUCAACCUACGUAGGGGACACUGAUAUGAAGACGUUGGCAGAAGUCUAAUGAAAAUAAAUGAUCUGUUUGAAACAUUCCUCAAAUCAAUAACGGAGUCCAAGCCAGCGGCUGCCACCUCGCUCGUCACUCACCUGCGGUUUGUCACGUCCCAGCAGAGACUGGGACAGGCUGGGGACAAAGUGGGGAUGGGGGACAUGCUCCUUUUCCUUGAUUGCUCAAAGCAGAUCAUGUUUUGCUCCCCUUCUCUCACGUUCUUCUACGUUGGAGCUACAUUAAGGAUCUGUGUUUCUGUUGUACAGUUAACAGAGACACCUUCUCUCUUUAGACUCUUAUAAAUAGUAAUUAAAACCACCCACUUUUGUAAAUUGCUGGCAAAAGUACCUUGCAUCAAAUCACAGCUCUUUGGCAAGGGUUUAAAUUGGCAGUGACAAGUAUAUUUCUAGAAUAAAGUUUUAUUUUGGGAA